CCGAGGUCUGCUGCAGUCCUCGAGCCCGCGUCCCAGCAGCACCGUCCAGAGCCCGGCUCUGCAGCAAGGGUCCCGCGCCCUUCACAGGAGGGAAAGAUGCCCACUUUGUCCAACCUGACACAGACCCUGGAAGAUGCCUUCAGAAGGAUUUUCAUCACUUACAUGGACACUUGGCGCAGGAACAUGACAGCGGAGCAAGACGCCCUGCAGGCCAAAGUGGACGCCGAGAACUUCUACUACGUCAUCCUGUACCUCAUGGUGAUGAUCGGCAUGUUCUCCUUCAUCGUCGUGGCCAUCCUGGUGAGCACGGUGAAGUCCAAGAGACAGGAGCACUCCAACGACCCCUACCACCAGUACAUCGUGGACGACUGGAAGCAGAAGUACAAGAACCAAAUUCUGAAUCUGGAAGAGUCCAGGGCCACCAUCCACGAGAACCCGGGUGCAGCGGGGUUCAAAACGUCCCCUUGA